AUGCCGCGCCCAUCCGCGGUGAUCGACUGCGCCGUGCUGGCGCACGCGGGCCACGCCGUGCCCGCCGCUAUGCGCGAGAGUGUGUGCGCGGGGGCCUUCAUGGACGCGCUGGGCCCGUCCGCCUCCGCCGCCGACCUGGGAAGCAGCGACAGAGAAUCCAGCCUGGUGAGUCCUUGCGGAGUUAGACUGCUGCGCCCUGCUCGCGCGAUCAUGGGCGAGCGUGGGCGAUCAUGGGCGAGCGUGGGCGAUCAUGGGCGAGCGUGGGGGAUCAUGGGCGAGUGUGGGCGAUCAUGGGCGAGCGUGGGCGAUCAUGGGCGAGCGUGGGCGAGCGUGGGCGAGCGUGGGGGAUCAUGGGCGAGCGUGGGGGAAUCAUGGGCGAGUGUGGGCGAUCAUGGGCGAGCGUGGGCGAUCAUGGGCGAGCGUGGGGGCUCGCUGCUGGAGGAUGCCAUGGUGGCUCAGUGUGGGCAUUCCUUCGGCGGAGCAACACUCGCAAGAGUCAUGGACUCGAUGGUGUGUCCAUACUGCAUGGCGCCUGUUGACGUCAUGGCGCUCAUUCCCAACCUCGCUGUGAGGUCCGUGGCAUCAUGUUUCGGCAAGGGUGUGCUGCACUGCACCACACAGGGGCUAGGAGGGGUGGGCCAUGUCACCACUCACAUUGUCCCAUUCUCCCUCCUCACCUCCAUGUCACCUGCUUGCGUGCAGCUCUGUGAGCCUGAGGACUCGGGGCUUCUCGGGUCUCCUGAUGCUGAAGGUGGUGGCCGCCUGAAAGGCGUGCAGUUUCCAUUCUCCGUCAACGAAAAGGUUCUGAUAAAGGACUCGGGGGAAAGCGUCCGUCUGCAGUACCGUUCUCUUCAGAAGUGUGAUGGAACGCCAGUGGAAGCCAAGUAUGAGGCGCACCAUGCGAGCACAGCAGAGGCACAGGCAGAGGAAGCAGGGGCGGGCGGAGAUGGCAAGAGCUGGUGGGGCGACGAGGGGGAGAAACGCCUGAUGGGUGAACAGCCAAUGAUGGGCGACAUGUCAGUCUCUCAGCCAAUCAUAGGCGAGAUGUCAGCCUCUCAACCAAUGAUGGGCGAGAUGUCAGCGCUGCUCCAAGCAGACGACGACUCAGACCACCCACCGGCCUUUUCAGACGACACUCUCCUCCCUCACAACCCAUCCAACAGCAUGUCUGUAUCCCCAUCUCUGCUCGGACAGUCAUUUGACCACUCGCAGAAACCUUCCAGCAGCAGCACUCCUCUAUCCCCAUCUCUGUUGGGACAGUCCCUCAUGCUGUCUCCCCCAUCCAGCAGCCAUCUGGCAAUGCUGAGCUCACCGCCUAUGGAAGGUCGUGCAGCCAUGCUGACCUCACCACCGCCGCCCAACAGCCAUGCAGCAAUGAUGAGCCCGCCGCCGCCCAUGGGCGGGCGGCUGUCCAGUGUGGCGGAGUCGAGCUGUUUUGGGGCGGCUCAGAAGCAGCAGCAGGCUGGUCAACUGGCAAUGCCAGUGCAGGGCUUGCAAGGAGGAGGGGGGGCUUCUGGGGGUGCAGAGGCAGGGGGGUGUGGGAGUGAAGUGCCAGGGUUGGGGCUGUCACCUGGGCAGCAGCAGCAGCAGCAGCAGCAGCAGGGGGGGUCUCUGCUGGCCCAAGGGACGCAUGCACUGAUUGCAGCAGCCGCAGCUGUGGAAGCCGAGUGCAGGGGGGAAGCGGCUGGUGGGGAUGUUGAUGGUGGUGCUGGUGGUAAUGGUGCUGGUGGUGAUGGUGCUGGUUCUGGUGGCGGUAGGGCUCCCCUUGCUACCAGUGGAAGGCAAUACAGGGGUGCACAGGGCAGCAAACAUGGGGCCGGGGCGGGUCGGUCGGGCAGUGUGGCUGAUAGACGGCCAUCGGAGCAGCAAGGGCCGCUGCCCCUGUGGAUGUCACCCGACACGGCAACCACGAUUCUGCACCAGGCGAUUUCAGAUGCUGGUGGUGCUGGCAAUGUGGAGCGUGGUGAUGGGGAGUUGGGAGCGGUGAACAAUCAGGCUGGUUAG